UUCUACGAUACGUAAAAUCAAUAUAUUACUAUACGCUUUCCUAUUUUUUCUGUUAUUAUAUACUUUUCUUCCUUUUCUUUUAUUAUUUUUGGGCUUGUGUGUUGGGGUUACCUUGCUACAGAGAUUCCAGAAUUUUUUUUUUCUUUUUUCAGAUAGCGAAAUACCUUCGAAAAUGAUGGUGAUUUUGUCACAGAGAUGAAGCUCGUGUAAUCUUUUGGCUUUUACGGAAGGUGGUAUUUGCCUUUGAAGCCACAAAUGUGUUUUUUAUUUUUGAGAGGUAUAGAGAGGGUUUGGUGGUGAUUAUAAAGGGUUCACUUUGGAUGAUUAGAAGUUGUUCUUGUUGAUGGGCUAUGGUGGAUAUGGAUUUAAGAGGAUUUUGCUUUUAAUGGAGACAAGUCUUCCUUUUUGUGUUACCUUAUCUUUAAUGGGUCUUCUUGGUUUCGAAUGGUUUGGUGACUUUUUCGAUUGAGAAAUCUUCAAGCCCAUUCCUUUUUCAGAUUUCAUCAUCUUUGAUUUGAAUUGUUGAUGGGUUUUCACAACAGUCCUGUAACUCAUAUCAUUUCGUUCAAGCAACACCCACUUGCUUCCAAGCCUUAUUAUCGUCUAGUUAGAAAAUUAUCAAUUGGUUUUGUGGCUAUAGAAGACCCCUAAAUCGAAAAAGGGUUUCAAAGAUUAGUUUUUUGUUUUCAAAUAUGGAUGAAGAGACUACUUCUUGGAUCAGAAGAGCCAAGUUUUCUCACACCGUUUGUCAUCGUUUAGAUUCUUCAAGAUUGGCCUCCAUUCCUAUUACCAUUCACCAAGACAAGUUUUCUGGUUUGAAAUCUAGACCAGCACCAGUUCCAGUUCCAGCUCCAGCUCCUGGUCCUGCAGCUCCUUCUAAUGAGAAAUCAAUUGCAAGUAGCUCUAUAGUACAAAACAAAAGACAUGCCUUAAAGAACAAGCAGAGAUCUUUAUCUCCUAACCCUGAGAUCAAACUCUCAGAGUCAUUUAGGGAAGCUCAAUCUGAAAGGAAGAGAUUCUCAACUCCAACCCCUAGGAGAUGUGAAUCUGAAAGAGGGGGAGGAGGAUUUAGAGGGAAGUUCUUCCACUACCACCACAAGGAUUCUCAAUCUUCAUCAAGAUCAUCGAAUGCCAGUCCUCUUAGGCACUUGGCUGCAAUGAUAAACGACAAGUCCAAGAACCGAAAGGAUUCACAUUGGUCCAAGUAUUUUGAUCCCAACAGUGGGAGAGUUACGGCUGUGGAGGCUGUUGAUGAAUGGUGUGUUGACUUGUCUAAGUUGUUUCUCGGCAAUAAAUUCGCUCAUGGAGCUCAUAGCAGGCUCUACCAUGGUGUCUACAAUGGUGAUUCUGUAGCAGUUAAGAUCAUCAGGGUGCCUGAUGAAGACGAAAGUGGAGCCUUGGCAACUCGUUUGGAGAAGCAGUUUGUUAGUGAAGUCACUCUCUUAUCUUGUCUCCACCAUCGAAAUGUUAUCAAGUUCUUAGCAGCCUGUAGAAAGCCUCCGGUUUAUUGUGUCAUAACUGAGUACUUAUCUGAAGGUUCUCUAAGGGCAUAUCUGCACAAACUUGAGUGCAAAUCUCUUCCUAUGGAGAAACUUAUUCAAAUUGCAUUGGAUAUAGCUCGGGGACUCGAAUACAUUCACUCGCAGGGUAUCAUACAUAGAGAUCUCAAACCUGAAAAUAUUCUUAUUGAUGAAAACUCUCACAUGAAAAUAGCUGACUUCGGUAUAGCCUGUGAGGAGGCAUACUGUGAUGCUUUAAUUGAUGAUCCCGGAACUUAUAGAUGGAUGGCGCCAGAGAUGAUAAAGCACAAAUCUUAUGGCCGGAAAGUUGAUGUUUACAGCUUUGGACUCAUCUUGUGGGAAAUGGUGGCAGGGACAAUACCAUAUGAAGAAAUGAACCCCAUUCAAGCAGCUUUUGCGGUGGUCAACAAGAAUUUGAGGCCUGUGAUCCCUGGAAACUGUCCACCUGCCAUGAGAGCCUUAAUUGAGCAAUGUUGGUCGUUGCAACCAGAUAAGAGGCCAGAGUUUUGGCAAAUAGUAAAGGUACUAGAGCAAUUUGAGGCUUCACUUGCCCGUGAUGGAACAUUGAAACUUGUCCCAAACCAAAAUUUCCAAGACCACAAAAAGGGGCUUCUUCACUGGAUUCAGAAGCUCGGUCCUGCUCAUUCUCCUAACAGUACUACUACAUCAUCUUCUUCAUCAUCAUCAUCAUCAUCAUCAUCUUCUUCUUCUUCUUCUAGUUCUAGUUAUACUAUUGCAAUGCCUGUGCCUAAACCAAAAUUCAGUUGAAUCUUUGUCAAGUGUUAUGACUUGGGCUUUUGUAGUUUGACCAAGUCAAUUGUAAUUAAAGGAGAAAAAAAAAAAGAGGUCCGUUUUCUAAGCCUUCUUUUCACUGUAUUCCCCCAUUGUCACAUUCAAGUGAGAUUGUGAAUUGAAUAGAUUGGCAUGCAUGCGUUUCAGAUGAA